AUGGCUGAUAUAUCGGAAUACAAAGUAGGUAUUGUACUAUCCUGUGAGGAUAUUCCAAAGAAGGGUGGCAAACCCAUGAAGGUCCUAAAAGUUGACAUCGGAUCUGAGGACGAUGGUGGAAUUCCGGUUGUCACCACGGCUCCGAACGUUCGAGAUGGAUCACGUGUGGUAGUGGCUCCUGCUGGAUCCACAGUCGUAAGUGAAGAGGGCGAAGAAAUCCAAUUGACCAAGUCCACCGUCGGAGGUCAUCCAUCUUGGGGAAUGAUUUGCGAUACCCGAAUGCUUGGAUGGUCCGGAGGGGCUGCUGGAGUGGCGGUGCAACUGGACGAAUCGUUUCCUGUGGGAACCGAACCCCCAGCAUCCAAGCCUCGACCGAAACAGCAAGAAGAAGAUGAAGUUCCGGCAGGACCCGUCGAGGAUGGGUUAUUCGAGCGCAAGUUGACAAAGGAGGAAAAAAAGAAGCUUGCCGCUGAAAAGCGAGCUGCCAAGAAGGCUGCGAAGGCAGAGAAAACUACAUAG